GUGUGCUCACAUGAACUGUUCUAGCCCUUCUGCGUGUGUGUCACUAGCCUCUGAGUCUUUCAAGCAGAGACUAGAAAAGUUGGAGCAAAGUCUGAGUGAGCUUCAGAAGCUACCAGACACUGACAACAACUCCCACCACAGGAGAGAAGACAGGACCACAGGAGAACUGUUUCACACCUUUACUCGCAGCUACUCACCCAACCAUCACCAGACACUUUGCCCAGGAUGUGGACGCUUCUCUUAGGGGUCACUUUUGGAUUACUGGCCUCCUCCAGGUCGGAACAACUUCAAGUGAAUUCUCGGAGUUGCAGCUAUGCCGGUGUAUUUCUGGCCGAGGGAGCAAGUCGCCACUCCCUGACAUUUGACAUGGCUCAAAAGGUGUGUGAGCAGCUGGAGAGCACCUUGGCAAGUCCAGAACAAGUCCAGGAGGCCUAUAAUAAAAGCAUGGAAACAUGCAGGUAUGGCUGGACCAGCAACGUGAGCACUGCCAUCCUCAGACAAAAGCACCAUGAAAACUGUGCCAAGAACAUGACUGGCUUUAUCAUUCAUUCACAUACUGAUGCUGAUGAACUUAAUGAUGCCCUUUGCUACAAUGAAACAGCUGGACCAGAGAAGAACUGUGCUAAGGCCUUUCAAAGGAGUGAGCCCUUGCCCUCUAAUGCAUCAACUGUGGACGGUGAGGAUGGUGACCCCACCGUAGCCCCUGAAAAAGAUAUGAUAAUAACCCCAUCAGGAACUACUAAACAGAGUCCAGAGGGUCCAGAGGGUUCUAUGGAGGGUGAAAACAGCACUACGGUGCCCGCUUUCAUUCCGGGAGAUUUCGAUCAGCCGACUGGUUCUGGGAUGCGGCCACCCCACCCUGACGAGGAGGGGGUCUCUCCAACGACCCCUGUCGGACAGCCAGAGAAAACACAGACUGACUCAAAAAAUGAGCAACCGAUAGAGUCCAAAGGAGAUGAUAUCAGAACAGAGUCUCCAACGUCACAGCAGCCUAAAGGCAAAGGACUGGUCCUGGGUACAGUAGUCCCUGAGCCUGAUCAAGAAGAACGCAGCGAUUCAUCAAACUGGCUGGUAAUCAUUGGAGUGAUUGUGGCAGUUGCUGCUAUUCUCCUUGUGUGUGCAGCGGUUGCCAAAAGAAACAGCUGGUGUGGCAAACAACAAACCCUGAUGAUCACACCCAAAGAUGGCGGCGAGGGUAACGGGGCGGCAGCAUCAGCGUCCAGCUCCCAUGCCCAGGAGAGAGAGCAGGAAAUGGUGACCCUCAUGAACAAGGAGAAGAUCCAGGAGAACGGCAACACAGAGGAGUUCACAGUCAUCACGCUAGAGGAGUCGCCAGAUAAAGAACAGCUGGCGUGAGAGAGGAGUGUAGGGGCGGACAGGAAAGAGUAGGUGAGGAUAGGAGAGAUAAAGUGAGGAGAUGGAUGGGUGAUUGCAUAGGUGGGGGGGCUUCAGACGCUGGGGGGUAAAAACUGCUUUGGUGGCCAGCACUGAAUGGACACUGAGUAAGGGUGUAUAUGUGUGUUAAUUAGAAAGAUUGUCUUACUGAGGUACAAAGCUUCUUAGUGGGGCCACAUCUUUCAAAACAACAUGUGCAGCAUUUUGCAUGGUGUGCCGGGUUAGUUAGGACUGAAUAUGCUGCUGCAAAGCAGGGUGUGUUACAGCUGACAAACAAACAAACAACACAAGUCACUUGGUUUGUUUGUGUGAGGAUGACAAAGUAGUAUCUUUUUUAUGUAGAAUUUGGGGAUUUUAAAUUUCAGGGUGUUUGGGAAUUUGGAAAUAAUAAAUCAGCAGUGAGAAGUGGACUGUUUAAUUUGAUAACCUAUACACAGAAAAAUGAUCAUUUAGAGGAAAACAACCCUUGAUGUGUUGCAUAUGUUUCACUUCUUUGUUUUGUUUGCUUAUUGUUGUAACCUUGUGUAUAUUUCAGACAUUGCCUGUGGACUGGAGUUGGGUUUUUCCAUUUUCAAGAGAACUGGGAAUGUCAAGACCUUAAUUUAUGCAUCUUUGAUUCCCCUUUUCUUGAUCUCUGUAUAUAACGUACAUGUUUUGGAAAUGCCUUAGCAAUAGCUGGCAGUGCUUUUUGUGUAUAGUAGAAAAGGGCUUUGUAUCCCUUUUAAAUAAAGAACUGUGUCAUUUUUUGAGAGUUAUUUAAAUAGAAGCAGUGUCUCUGAAGUAAACAAUCGUUAAAGCAAGUGGAGUGGAUAUUGUAUGGAUCAAGUUGAGUAUAGUAUCCAAAACUGUGCAAUUGAUGCACCACUGAAGUCAGUUAACAUGGCGUACAUUUAUAUUGAGUUCUGAAUAUGAAGAUAAGUCCCUGAUAUUAUCCUGAGGAUAAGUAACCUGUUAAAGAUGAUGUAUGCAUUCUAUAUACACAGUGUGUACAUUGAUUUAAGAAAAAUGCAAGAGCAAAAGAAAGAAUUGGAUAUAGCAGAUUAACCAUUUUUUAAACGCUAGAUGUAAGUUCAAUAGAGACAAGUGAGUGACAACAGCCUAGCUUUGGAUGCUAACCUACAUGGCUCAUAUGAUAAUGGGGGGCCCAUGUGCUGUAAACACAUAGCAAUGUAAUGGUUUCUUCAUAGGAACGAGGCUGUGACAACAUGGUCUGUGUUCUCCCGAGAGGGUGGGGGUGCAAUGAAUGAAGCUUGUGUGUUUGCCUUGGCUUCAAUGUGCCGGUCGAUCUGUACAUUAACACAUGAAAACAAAAUGCUGCAGUUUUCUACUGACUUUCUCAUUGGUGAAAUAGACCAUGCAUUGUGUCAUAUCGAUAUUAUUCCAUGUGUGACAGCUAAUUUUUCCUGGUUUUCAAUAUAAUGCUGCAUUAUAUACAACAAUUGUUUUUGACUUGUUCUGUUUUUUUUCCCCUGCUUUUCCUGCUCUUACAUCAUUCCUUUUGAGGAGAAGUAGCAAAUGUACUAGCGUAGGCAGGUUUUAUGGCAAUUAACAAAAUACGUCACUGAAAAGAUUUGUAAAAAUCAUCAGCGAAAAUAAAUGUGUAUAAAAAGAGAUGUGCGGGAAUGUCACGUUCGCUCACUGAUUACUCUGUAUGUGUGAAGACAAAAGCGAGGGAGUGAAUGGCCCCCACUUUAGAGGAAGUGAGGUUUCCAUGGCACUGGGGCCAUGAUGUGAAAAUAUGUUAACGCAGGAAAUGAAGAAUGAGUUAAAGAGAUACAGGCGGCCAUUUUAAAGACAUCUUUCCGUAUAGUGUUGCACCGCAUGCAGUACAUCAAAUUGUCUUUGCUGAAACAACGUCAAAAAGAGCAGAGCACAAUUACUGCUUAAUUACCACGCAUAUAUGAUGCAGUGAGCUCAGUCAUUAACAGCUGUUCCUAAACGUAGGAAAUUAUUCUGAUCUUGAAAAGAACAUGUGCUGCUCACUUAUCAUUUUCUAACAUGGUUCUCUAAUUUUAAGCUUGUUUCUUCGUGUGACGCAGUGGAGACUAAUGGCUUUGCUAUGGCCCACCUACAAGCAGAAAAUAUGGUUGUAUGUCAAAAAAUAUCCUUCACUUUUUAUUAUUUCUCUCCAAUGGGGCCAGUGUUUUCAGAACAUCAACACUACACAGCUGCAGUGUGUGUAGCUAAAAUGAUUUCAAUUAAAUAUUGAGUUAAGUGCAGGCUGGAGAUUGCAUUUAGUCACUUAUUUAGCAAUCGAAAUGAUUGAAGUUAACAUUUUCUUGUGUUACAGUAUACAUCUUUGAAUGCUUUACAUUUAGUAAUGUUUGUCUGUAGUAAUAAUACAUACAUCAGUUAAAAUGAGAUUGAGUUUCUGGGAGUCCAAUUAUGCGCACUGAAUGACAGAAACAGAUGUAGAAAAAAAAAAUGUAUUUCUGCAUUUGUGUUGCAGUUAUGUGACAACAACAAAAAAAAACAAACAAAAAACAAACAAACAAAAAAAAAUCAUACAGUCAAAAAAGUCUCCAAAGGCCAUCCAAUGUUUAGUUAUGAAUCAACAUUUAUUAGUUAUAUUUGUAUAUGUACACCAAAGGUACAACACUUAUUGAUAUGUAGAAACAGACUUUUUUAUGUAUACCAUAAACUGAGGAAAGAAUUCAUGUAAUUUUUUUGUCUUUUUUUCUUGAUAGUGUAUCUCCCCCACAUGUAUGCUCUGCCUUUACAUCAAAAUUACAACAGCUUUACAAAGAGGGAAGGCCUAGAAAAUUAAGAUCAGGAAAGCACGCUGUAGGCAGGAGUGAGACAGGUUAUCAGCUCUGUUUAGGAGGUUCAUCAAAAAGACACAUUUCAGUAGAAAAGGACAAGCAUGAAGACAUACUGGCUCUUUGUUGAUAUACUGUGUCAGUCAAUUUCCAUUUAAUCUGUAACAUUUAGCUCAGUAAGUUCCAGUGUAUUUGUGCGUGCAUAAAGUUUCUGUAUGGAAAGCAAAAAAGGCAAGUGGAUUGAAGGCAGUUUGCCAAGUGGGAGUCCUAUAAACCUCCAUGAUGUUUAUGUCACAUCAGAGGUCAAAUGUGUAAAGAUGCGUCACGUAGACGGGGUAACACAGGAUCUAAAUGAUCUAAAUGAUCUAGACACCCAUGUCUUGCAGCUUUAAAUGCACAUGCACCAGGUUAACAAAGAUGCCUGAGACAAAAGCCAGUUUUUGCUAUUGAAAAGACAAAAUGGUUCAGAUGAGUCACCUGAGGAAUGUUGCUCAGUACUGUAACAGGCAGUAGAACACUUCUGAUGUUGUUCGUUCUUUCACUGAAAUCAGCUACAAGGCUGUGUUUGAUUCCUCACUCUAUCCUACACACAGGGCAAAUUUAACAUUUUCCUUUAUUGGUCUCUCUUUUCGGCAACCUUGAUCACAGUAAUUUCCACAAAAAUAACUCAUAUUGGGCCACUUUGUCAAAACAGAAACUUCCCCUCACUGUCCUUCUUUCUUUCUUUCUUUUUCUUUCUUUCUUUCUCUUUCUUUCUCUUUCUUGUCAUCCAAUGAGAAAGCGAACCAUGUUUCAUUUAGGAUCACUAAUUUCCAGAAAAAUUCUGCAUUGCCACUGAACAGAACAAUUAUAUAUUUAUUUAUGUACAAUGAAAAUGAAUGCACACGUCUUAAAUCUUCAUGGAACAAACAUUCAGAACGCUUACAUUAGAUUAAAAAAAAAAGAUAUUUAUAUAUUGGUGUGUGACAGGUAAGUAAAACAACUAGUUAACAACUAUUAGCGAAUAAAAAAAAAAACAAGCAAUUUAUUACACGAUUUCCUCUCUAUACAUUUUGUCUAAUCUAAUUUCACUCAGGACAUAGAUGAUUUCUUUUUCUACAGGAUUACAUUAAAAAUGUCACAGCAAUGAAACUCUAUCCCUACAUACCAUUUCAAUGCCCCCCAAAAGAAAACAAAAGGAACAAAACAAACAAACAAACAAACAAACAAAAAAAAAAACAUCUGUUACCUACAAUAUAUACACAAAGUGCAAGGAGGCACUUCAAAAUAUCAUGCUUUUAAGAUAGUGGUGCAAAAAAAUAAUUACCAUUUUAUUUUAUUCAUGCUUCUAAAACCGAAAGUUUGAACAUAAUAGUGGUUCAACACUCAAUCCCCAUUGAUGACACUAUGGUCUGCGUUGUCUCCUUACUGGAGAGUUUUUUUUUUUUCUUUUUUUUUUCUUUUUCCUGAAGAUCACAAGGUCAAAAGAUGGGACUCAAGUGGUCCUGUUAGGGUGUCAGUGCUGUGCUCUGCAGCUCUCUGAAUGUAGUGACCUUCGAGAUUGAAGUGUUUGCUCCUGUACAUACACAUGCGUAUUUGAAAACUGAUGAAGGUGUAUGCGUGUGUGUGUGUGCGCGCGUGAGUGUGUGUGUGUGUGUAAAUGGUGUGCAUCAGUCUGUGCAGUGUGUGCAGCAGAACACCAGGUGCGCUCUACGCUGUAUCAAAGCACACUUCUGUUAGCCGAACUUUAAAAAAGAAGGCAAAGUGAAAGAUGUCUUCUGAGAGUGUGUUUCAGGAACUAAAGGACAGAGUGCUGUGCUAAGUGGUCUGUUAAGUUUCCUAGUGUUACUUAAUUGGCAUUUGUUUGAAGUGAACAUCUCCAAGGCAAGGUUGUCAUUAAGCACAAAUAUAAAGAACCAAGACAGGAGAGAAGGAAACGAUACUGAUAAAGAAAUCAAGUCUGCAUCCACAUCACAGAAGUCUCACCUCUCACUCACACAGGCUU